CGAUUUUAGUCUUCACUAACGCACGUUUUUACACGCUUUAUUUUUCGUUUAUCUAUGGACGUAUUGGCAUGGCUAGUAAAAUACAGUGUGUUGCGCGGUAUUGCGUGAUCCAUUAAAUGAUUUCUGGUUUAAUAUGGCUAAAGGUGAUAAAGAGUUGGAAAAACCAAUUGUGAACAAUGAGUUACCUAAUCCCGAAUGCCGUAGUACCGACAACGAGGAUUCGGAAUCUAUACAGGAUCAACCUUUGGAUAUCGGAGAGCAUUAUUUAGUACGGCGUUCCGAUGAGUCAUGGCACCCGGCUGAGAUUAUACAGUCGCGAUACAACCAUUCGGAAUCUUAUCAUGAAUAUUAUGUUCACUAUGUGGGCUACGAUCGACGGCUCGACGAGUGGGUUUCCCGCCAUCGGGUUAUGUCCGAUAGAUUUGACGUGUGUGAAAAUUCUAAUAACAACAUAAACUCGGAUCAUUUACUCACCGACAAGUCGGGUCGAAAAAUAACGCGCAAUCAGAAACGUAAACAUGAUGAAAUCAACCAUGUGCAGAAAUCCUACGCGGAAAUGGAUCCAACAACAGCGGCACUGGAAAAGGAACACGAAGCGAUUACAAAAGUCAAAUACAUCGAUAGAAUUCAAAUUGGAAAAUAUGAAAUUGACACUUGGUACUUUAGUCCUUACCCAGACGAGUAUGGUAAACAGUCGAAACUAUGGAUUUGCGAGUAUUGCCUUAAAUACAUGCGAAUGGAAAAAACGUAUAGGUAUCAUUUAAGUGAAUGUACCGCAAGGCAACCACAAGGUAGCGAAAUAUAUAGAAAAGGCACAAUCGCAAUAUUUGAAGCCGACGGCAAGGAGCAUAAGACCUACUGCCAAAAUCUGUGUUUAUUGGCAAAGUUGUUUCUUGACCACAAGACGCUUUAUUUUGAUAUAGAACAGUUUCUGUUUUACAUUCUGUGUGAAGUUGAUAAACAUGGAGCUCAUCUUGUUGGCUAUUUUUCUAAAGAAAAAGACUCGCCCGAAGGUAACAAUGUGGCUUGUAUUCUAACACUACCUCCUUACCAGAGGCAAGGCUAUGGUAAGUUGCUCAUUGCAUUUAGCUACGAACUAUCGAGGUUGGAACAAGUGGUUGGUAGUCCAGAAAAACCUUUAUCAGAUUUAGGUAAGCUUAGCUACAGAUCUUACUGGUCUUAUGUGAUCCUAGAGGUGCUGAGUGCGAGUAGAGGUACAUUGAGCAUUAAAGAUCUAAGCCAAAUGACUGGUAUAUCACAGACCGACAUCAUAUCUACCUUACAGUCCAUGAAUAUGGUUAAAUAUUGGAAAGGACAACAUGUAAUCUGUGUCACACCGAAGAUUGUCGCUGAACAACUGGCUAGUUCACAUUUUAAAAAGCCCCGCUUGACAGUCGACCCUUCAGCUUUGAGAUGGACUCCUCCCAAUAAGCAAGGACAUUCCGCAAAAGCUAAGAAAUAGUAUAGGCUCACAGGCAGGGCUUAGAGAAAGCUCGAUAAGACCUUUAAUUAAAAGAUUUUCUCUAGGCGCAGGCCUGUUUAGAACAGAACGGAUUAGUCUGUACUGUCUGUGUUUGUCUCUAUGUGAUCAGACCUACUUGUAAGUAUUUUACGAGUAUAUGUUAAUGUAUAAGUAAUAGUAGCGUAAUCAAUGGCAUUUGUUGUUAGCGGUAAAAUUAAAUAUUAUUGUAAAGUUAGAUUCAUGAAACAAAACAGUUUUCCAGUUGAAUAGUAUUACUUAUAAAUUUAAAUUUUAUGUAAAAGUUAAUGUUAAAGGAUUAAUCAUAGAGACACUCCAUUAUAAAACAAUGUAAAAAUAUAUGAGAGGAAUAGUUUUCUUACCAGAUUACAUAAAUGAAUAUUAAAGUGAGAAUAACAAAAAUUUAAUUCCAGUUUUAUGAUCAGCAAUACAAAAUUAAUUUAACUACUGCAUACAAUCAUAAAACUGGGGUUAAGGCAGUGUGGAUAAAAAUAAAUAUUUGUUAAAAACUAGUUAAUAUAUGCAUUAACUUGAACCUUCUAAAUAAAAAUUUGAUAAUUUACCAUUGUAGUCACAUAUAUUUUUUAAAUGAUAUUGAAAAUUGUGUAAUAUA